CAUCCUGCUGCGAGCAUGCAGUGUCUCGCUGCCUUGUGUCAGAGUGAGACACCCAAUCGGAUAAGGGCAGACAGCGCUGACCAGGUGAGCCUCCCCCAAGUUCAGAAAGAAAAGGAGAAGUUUAUCCCAGAGAGAGACGGCAGCAGAGAACAGUUGAAGACGACUCAGCAGCGCUUUCCAUUCCAGCCUUCUCCGUUCUACUCGGGAGGAUCCGCUGAGCUGAAGCACUUGUUCCUUCACCUGAGGAGGCACCUUCAGCCCAAGGGAGAUGGACCCUGCCGUCCUGGUGCUUCUGGUGGCAGCUGGCAUCUGGCAUGGCUCGGCAUCUCCGACAAUCGACCCUAAUGUCACCGCCAUGAUUGUGAACAAAGGAGACCCUGUAAACUUGCACUGCUCUGGGGAUUUCAGCGUGGAAUGGGUCAGCACAAGACAGAAUACGAUCGUGUACUCCAGUGGUACUAACAGCACUCUCAGUAUUACCAGUGCCAAGUACAGGGACACCGGCACCUAUCAGUGCGCUUAUACCAACAGCAGUGACAUGAAGCGAGCAUCCAUCCAUCUCUUUGUGAGAGAUCCCGAGAAGGUGUGGUAUGUCCAUAGCAUCAGGGUCAGAGUAAGCGAAGGCCGUGAUGCACAGCUGCCAUGUCUGAUCACUGACCCAGAAAAUGGGUCCAACGUUACCCUGCUGAAGGACGAUUAUUCUCCAGUCUUACCAGGGACCGAGUUUUCUUUCAGCCCUCGGGAUGGAGUAACCAUAUACAACGUGAAGCAAGAGUAUAAAGGAUCUUACAGGUGUGGGGCCCUGAUCAAUGGAAAAAUGGAGAGGUCAUCGAAAAUCCAAUUGAUUGUUCUGAAAGCAAUGGUAAAGCCGCUUUCAGUCACUGUGGAACAAAAAGACCAUGUGCGAAUACAGGGGGAAAGUUUCCAGAUCACCUGCAAUUUAAUUUCUCCUUCCCACAAGUACAACAUCAAGUGGAUCCAUCCAGCUCAGAAUGUCACCAUCACUACCAACAACGACUUUGCACAAGAGGACUAUUACGUUUCCUUCACCCUAUACAUUCCAGCGGUGACAAUAGGAGACAGUGGACUAUACAGUUGUGUAGCAAACAAUUCUGUGGGAUCCAGUAAUUCUUCAGCUGUGCUCCAGGUUGUAGAGAGAGGUUAUGUACGUCUGUUGCCCAUGCAGAACAGCAGCCAUGAAGUAAAGUUGGGAGGAAAUCUGGAACUGCAGGUCUUGAUUGAGGCUUACCCCAGACUUAGCAACUGGAGAUGGACACACGAGAAUCCUUCCCAACACUCUGUGAGCACCGUACUCAGUGACCAAAUGGUCCCUGGUAACAACAGGUACAACAACACGCUCUCCCUGAACCGGCUGAGAGAAGAGGAAAGCGGACUGUAUACAUUCUAUGCUGCGAAUACUGAGGCCAAUGCGUCGGUGACCUUCAGCAUCUCCCUGAAACUCCCGCCUGAGGUCCAUCUCAUCUGGAUGGUAUUCAAUGACUCCACGAGCCUUCACUGUAAAGCCAGUGGUUACCCUGCUCCACGUAUUGAGUGGUAUCAGUGUUCUGGGCAUGCAGACAGAUCUGACCAGGGAAGAACACUGAUUCAGAAUGAUACCAGCCCAUUGGUAAUAAGCAAAUUGCCCUUUGGAAAGGUGGAAGUAGAGAGCAUCCUUCAAAAUAAGGAGUUGAAGGACAAUGUUACCUUUUGCUGCUGGGCCAUUAACAGCGAGGGGAAUGACUCACAGAUGCAUAGCUUAGUCCCUUUUCCAGGAAGAACAUGGAUGCGCUCACAUGAGCUCUUCAACCCCAUUCUCUCCGCCUUUGUGGGAAUAUUGGUCCUGCUUCUCCUGCUGCUCCUCUUCCUGCUGUACAAAUAUAAUCAGAAACCAAAAUACCAGGUGCGGUGGAAGAUCAUUGAGGCCUGCGAAGGGAAUAACUACAUCUUUAUUGACCCCACCCAAUUGCCUUACAAUGAGAAAUGGGAAUUCCCCAGGAACAACCUGCAGUUUGGAAAGACCCUGGGAGCAGGAGCCUUUGGAAAAGUGGUAGAAGCCACUGCUUUCGGGCUGGGGAAGGAAGACACUGUCCUCAAAGUGGCUGUGAAGAUGCUCAAAUCAACAGCCCACACAGAUGAACAGGAGGCCCUUAUGUCUGAGCUGAAAAUCAUGAGUCACUUGGGCCACCAUGAGAACAUUGUGAACCUGCUGGGAGCCUGUACUUAUGGAGGCCCAAUUCUGGUCAUCACGGAGUACUGUCGCUAUGGAGAUCUGCUGAAUUUCCUGCGGAAGAACGCAGAGUCCAUAAUCAUCCAGGACUCAAGCCUGGAGUCCUCUCUGGAUAGCACAGCCGAUUACAAAAACAUCUAUCUGGAGAAGAAGUAUGUCCGAAGUGAUAGUGGGUUUGCAAGCCAGUGUUUGGAGACCUAUGUUGAAAUGAGACCUGUGCCAUCAGACUCCACGCCAGCAGGGGGUAAGUUACAAGGCAAGAGUGCAAAGGAAGAACAGGAUACUCGGCCCCUGGAUCUGUAUGACCUGUUGCAGUUCUCCAAUCAGGUGGCCCAGGGGAUGGCCUUCCUUGCCUCAAAAAAUUGCAUCCACCGGGACUUGGCAGCAAGGAAUGUGCUAGUGACCCACGGACGGGUAGCCAAAAUCUGUGACUUCGGGCUGGCGAGGGACAUCAUGAAUGAUUCAAACUAUGUUGUCAAAGGCAACGCCCGUCUGCCGGUGAAGUGGAUGGCCCCAGAGAGUAUCUUUGACUGCAUAUACACUGUGCAAAGCGACGUGUGGUCCUACGGCAUCCUCCUCUGGGAGAUCUUUUCGCUGGGCAAAAGCCCAUACCCUGGCAUGCUGGUGAAUAGCAAGUUUUACAGCAUGGUGAAGCAGGGGUACCAGAUGGCUAGACCAGACUUUGCGCCUAUGGAAAUGUAUCGCAUCAUGCAAGCAUGCUGGAAUCUGCAACCCACCCAACGGCCCACCUUUGACCAAAUAUGCCACUUCAUUCAAAAGCAACUAGAUGCCAACAAGGAACAGGACUAUACAAACCUCCCCAGUAGCUCGGAGGAAGACAGCGUGUGUGAGCCCUCUGGCUGCUGUGAAGAGUCCUGUGACCAAGGAGAUAGCAGUCAGCCUCUUCUGAAGAGCAACAAUUACCAGUUCUGUUAAUGUGUAAGGUCAAAUUUGGAUGGAUCUUCCCCCAUCCUUGCAAAGGACUUGGUCCCUCUCUUUGCUAGAAGGCAGGUUCCUCUUGCUCAGUGUCUCAUCUCUGUGCUUUCUGAAGUGUGAAAGAAUUACAGAACUCCCCACUUGAAAGGACAUCAUUAGAGGAGCUAAGAGCCAAGACUCAUGCGUGGUCCCUACAGUUGUGUUGAAGACUGAUAGCUCAAAGUCACCAGGAAUGUUAUACAUGAUCCAUGUAUAUGAGGAGAUGAUCAGAUCCCCUUAGAGUCUCUCACCAACACUGGUAACAUACAGGCCCACUGAUGCACUCGUCCUGACAAAGCACUUCCUAACUCCAUGCUAGCCAGUUCUUGCUUGGCUGGCUUUUGACUUGUAAGAAGUUUCCAAAGGCCAGUUUUGCAGGCUGGUAUGCAUGCACCAUGUAUUGUUCUACAUGGAUAUGCAUUGCUGUGCACCUAUAAUGGAAUCCUUGGGUUUCUGUAUGUGAGUGUAUGUCUGGAGGCACAAGAGCUUCAAAGUAAGCCGCUUUAACUCCUAGACAGCCCUGCCUUUUUCUUCACUACCCUCCCUCCCUCGCCUCACGUUACAGAAUAUUAGUUAUAGCUGAAAAGCUUCUCUCUAGCAUUAAAUAUGUGGCAGACCCCACAUCCCAGCCAAGUGCAGGUGAGGAUUCUGCAUCUCACUUCACUCGAACGGCUGCUGAUGUGACACUCAGCAUUACAAACUUUGAGAGGAGAGUCCCUUUGAACCAUGACUGCUCCAAAGGGUGAAUGUCCUCAGGUGAAAUAUGAAGUAUGACCAUGCUCUCUUUAAAAGAGUCAUGGAAUGUAAAUCCCCAUCAAGGAAUCCUGGAAACAGCUCAACAUCACACAUACACACACACACAAAAUACUGUAUGUUUGAAUUACUGAACAAUUAAUGUAGCAACUCAGCAACUACUGCCUGUACCAAAACCAUUGUGGGAAUGUUUUAACGUAGAUAUUGAUAAUGUUAUACAAGAUCAUUUUUUAUAAGCUAGGGCCCUGCGGCCCUCCCAGGAAGCUUUUCUAAAUCUUUAAUUCUUUUACUCAGGGUUACUAAUUCUACACAGCAGCCUAGUCUAUAUUAGUGUAAGACUUCUGGUCAGGGAGUCUCUAAUGAAUGUUAGCCUUACCCGACUGCAUUGCCAAAAUAUAUUAUAUGACAGGGUAUAUACACUGACCUGGCUUAGGCAACUGUUACUGUACAAUAGCAGCUAUAUAAUUUGAUCUUUAUCAGACUACUACUAUCCAUUACUUUGUGGGCCAUUUUUAAUUAAACUUUACACUCACAUGUUUAAACUACAUGGUUUAAUCCUAUGUUGAAGACAAAUUAUUCCUUUCCACUAAAUACAAGCUAAUGUAUUUCCACUUAGCAUUAUAAUGAUGAAAAUAUAAUUAACAUGAUUAACACAGCAAUAUUGUCCAUUUUUUCUUCUCCAGAGAACCUCAUAGGAGUCUUUCCUCCCCUCCCCUCCCCUCCCUUCCCUUCAGGUGUCAGAGAAAGGGCAAAGCCUAGCCAGUCACUCUAGACCCUACUGAUUUGCUCUGAUAAUUAUUUAGGUAGCUAACUAACCCCUUUUUUCCAGUUGUUGGAAUGUUGACUUGAUUAUAAGCUAACAAACUUGUUAAUGGCAAGCUUCUUUUGAGCCGAGAUGCUUAUCUGUUAUUGGGAGAAGUAAAGUAAUGGAAGGAGGAGGGGUGCAACUGCAGGAUAUUUUCAUUCAUGGGUUAAAACACUUUUGGGAAGAAAAUAGAUGAGAUUAUGGUAUUCGCCUGUGCCACACACUGGGUAGAGUGGAUGCCUGGCUGAACAGGAUAGGUUGGCAUAUGAAGGGAGAAAGUGCCUCUUUACCUCUGCUGCCUCCUUCAGAGUCUGUUCCACACCAAUGUGCAAUUGAAACAGCAAAAAGCUGAAGAUGAAACUGAAAUGAUUUAAAAGACCCACAUCAGCACUGAGGGAGAGGCUUACUGGUGAGAUGUCAUCUGCUCAAUUUCCCUCCUACAAACUUUUUCAUUAUCAGAACAGUACAAGUAAUUGUAGAACUAUAAGCUUGUAUCAACCCCUCCUUUUCAAUGCUGUAUCUUAGCUAUAUGGGAAUGCUCCAAUGCUAAUUCAACCCUUGUGUAACUGAGUCAGUGGACGGUUUCAGAGUAACAGCCGUGUUAGUCUGUAUUUGCAAAAAGAAAAGGAGUAUUUGUGGCACCUUAGAGACUAACCAAUUUAUUUGGUCUUCUACACUUUCCACAGUAUGCAUCCAAUGAAGUGAGCUGUAGCUCACGAAAGCUUAUGCUCAAAUAAAUUGGUUAGUCUCUAAGGUGCCACAAGUACUCCUUUUCUUUUUGAGUCAGUGGAGUUACACAAAUGAAUGAAUUGGACCUGUUGUAUAGUGAACCAAAACCUAGACAUCAUUCUGCACUGCUUGCACCAUGAAGAUAAGCAGACAUCAGUAUAUCUCCAAAAGGUUAUUUAUUUUUAAAUAUUGUGUUCACCCCAGAAGAGCAGCUCGAUGAUGCAUAGUCUCCCACAUGAACAUCUGAAAUGCUGGGGAAGGGGGAACAUUUGACUCUGACAUUUGUUUUACAGUUAGACACCAGGAUUAAUUCUUUAUCUCAGGGGCUGCCUUCUUUCCAUUUAAAGGAGGUACACUACAAUUAUAUUUAAAAACAUAACUUUUUCUGAAAACCUCACAGAUUCAGCAGUGGGGUUAGGAGCCCAGGUAGCUUCUGUAUUCGCCCCUUUCAGAACUUAGCACUACAGAGAAGAUCAAAAACUUUUCCCCUAAUUUUUCCUCACGUGAAGUUCAUGUAGCUGUGAGAAGCUGGCAUGCCCCUGUGUCAGCAGCACGGCUAAUGUAUCUGUCAGACCACAUGACUAACUGGCAGAUUUACAAGCUUUUCCCAUUAGCUAUCAGAGUCCUUAGGCUGUCAAAUGUCAAUAAAAACUCACUUUGCCACAUAGUUUCACCCAAAAAAUUGGAGAUAAUUUAUUAAAAUUUAUCACUGACUGAAAAAAGUCACUAAUGUAUUUUAUAAUAAAUUAACAUUUUUAAACAGAAAAAACCCCAAACCAUAAUUACUGCAUUUGCUCAUACUUAAUACAUUUAUGUUUACAGUAUGGUACUCAGUAGGUUCCCCUUCACAGAAGGAAAUUUUCAUCCACACCACAAGUCUCUUAUCCACUCUUCUGACCACACCAGGAAAAGCCUUCCUGGACGUUUUCCUGGAUUCCCACCAUUCCAGUAUCCCACCUUCUACCUUGUUUGAGCCAGACCAGACGUGUAUAUUUUGAGAUUUAUGGCCAGCAGCAGAGAAAGGGUGUCAGUGGGCAAUGCAAGCAGCUACACAAUCAGGAUUUGAGCUGCUGUUUAAAUAUGCUGGAGGGAAGGGGGACUCAGCCUGUCUCGUCAAAGGAAAACAGUGAGAGCAGUGUAUAGAUAGCAUGAGACCCAUUUAAAUUUUACAGCGCUGUGGGGAUAAUGGCAGGAUGGGUUACCACACUUUGCAAAGGCCCCAGAAAGAAGAGAAGCUGCAGCCCCCUCAACCACAGUCUCAGCAGAGAAAGGAUUAUAAAAAUCUCUCUUCAUGGGCCUUUCUGGUUAUGUUGCAUUCAUUGCCUCGUUACUGCUGCACAGAUGUCCUUUGCCACUCAACCCCAAUUGUAGGACAAAUAUGAAUUUUCCUUGACGUCCGUGAAUGGGAUGUAACAGCUAAAAGAAUAAAGUGCCCAAAAAGAA